AAAACAAUUCAUCAUGCAGUCCAGACGGAAAGUUUUGAGUGGUAGAAAUAUCUGUCGAAGAAAAAGGUUAGAGGACCAGAAGCAAUGAAUCAACAAUGCUUUCAAAAUCUGCAUCCGGCCAUCCAAAAUCUGAAUUCUCAAAAACCAGAAGCGUUGAACCUAUGGGACUUGUUCGAAAUACCAACUUGUCAGCUCUUCUUGUCUUGCUAUUCUGCUUUUGUUUAAAGUUUUGCUCUGCCACAGACACCAUCACAGCCGCUAAGUUCAUCACCGACCCUGAAAGCGUAGUCUCUAAUGGCGGUGAUUUCAAAUUGGGAUUUUUUAGCCCUGCAAAUUCAACCGAUCGCUAUGUUGGGAUAUGGUAUGCUCAAAUUUCUGUGCCCACUGUCAUAUGGGUUGCUAACAGAAACAAGCCCCUCAAGAAUUCCUCUGGAAUUCUAACCAUAUCCGAAGAUGGCAAUCUGGUGGUAUUAGAUGGGCAAAAGAAGGUUCUUUGGUCAUCAAAUUUAUCAAGUUCUGUUGUCAAUUCGAGUGCCCAGCUUUUAGAUUCUGGAAACCUUAUCUUGCAAGGAAACACUACAGGGACAAUGAUAUGGGAGAGUUUCCAACAUCCUUCUGAUACAAUGUUGGAAAAGAUGAAAAUUAGUACUGAUGUUCAGCUGACAUCAUGGAAAAGUCCUUCUGAUCCAUCCAUUGGAAACUUCUCUGCCGGUAUUGAUGGUCGUAAUCUUCCUGAAAUGUUCAUUUGGAACGACGGUAGCCCAUAUUGGCGAAGUGGUCCAUGGAACAGCCGGGUCUUUAUUGGAAUACCGGCCAGGAGUUAUGUAUAUCUUGGUGGAUUUAGUAUUGUAGAUGAUAAAGAAGAAGGAACAUUCUAUUACACUUUUUCCAUUUCGAAAGACCCUCGCCUAAAGGAUUGUUUUGUCUUGAACGCGCAAGGAAAUCUACUUCAAAAACGUUCCAACAAUGGGGAGGAUUGGAAGGUCAAGUGGUCAAGUUUGGAGAUUGAGUGCGAUGUUUAUGGCAGGUGUGGGGCAUUUGGAAGCUGUAAUUCAAAGAAUUCACCAAUUUGCAGCUGUUUACGGGGGUUUGAGCCAAAGAAUACAGAAGAAUGGAACAGAGGAAAUUGGACUAGUGGAUGUGUGAGGAGGACACCCCUGCAGUGUGAGAGGGUGAACAAUAAUGGCAGUGAAGGGGAAAAAAAAGAUGGAUUUUUGAAACUGAUGAUGAUGAAAGUCCCAUACUUGGCAGAUUCGUCAUCUCCAUCUACUUCGGAAGAAAAAUGUAGAGCCCAAUGCUUGGAGAAUUGUUCUUGUAUAGCUUACGCAUAUGAUUCUGGCAUUGGCUGUAUGACAUGGACAGGAAGCUUAAUUGACGUACAGAAAUUCUCGACAGACGGAGCUGAUCUUUAUGUUCGUUUGGCCUAUUCAGAACUUGGUGGGUUGUUUUUGUUUUCUCUCUAAAUUUAUCUUAUUCUUGAAAUUUAUUAAUGUUGCAAAAUUGGUAAAAUUGUAUUUCAA